AGCAAAGAAAAAAGAAAAUAGAAACCAUUUCUCUUCCUUGGUACUGUUCUCUGCUUCAGGAGCCAACGCCGGAGAAUCAUCGGGGGGAAGAACCUCAGUCAAGUUUGUGGUUUUAAACUUUGAUUUCUGCGGCAACUAAACUACUUAGAACAAUCGGAUCAAUGGCGGAAACUAGUUCCCCCAAUUCUUCUGCCGAUGACCUCAAGAAACAUGUAAUGGAUGUUUUCAAGGAAGCCACCAAAGACUGUGAGGACGAGUCCUUGAAAAGAAUAUUUGGCACCAUUGGGAGGAGCUACGAUUCCCUUAACGAUUUUUCGAUUGAGUUGUUCAAUUCUAUGGCAGAUACCGGCAUCAUUGACAGAGCCAGAGAGAUGUUUAAGCCCGUCUCUAACUUGGGCAUUCUGUCUCCAGUGGCUGUCUUCACCAUUGUGAUUCUGAUGUACGCCGGUAGUCGCAAGGCCAACAGUGCUCUCAAGGUCUACCAGCACAUGAUAGCCACUGGUGUCAACCCUGCCUGCUACACUUACGUCCAACUCAUCUGUGUACUUGCAACAGAUUUUUCCAAUGUAAAGUUCCUUAGGUAUGCAAAGAAGUAUUUUCUUGAAAUGUUGGAUAAGGGGAUGAAGCCCAAUCCUACACCCUUCUGGAACAUUAUGAAGGCCAUUGCCUACCGAGAGCCAGUGGAGAAGGCCAAGGAGUUUCUUGAGCAGAUAAAGGCCAAGGGGUUCAUGCCUCCCGACAGUGGUUUUCACUACAAAGAAGCCUACCUCGCCGAAGGAAUGCAAACACUGAAGAUGUAUGCUAAUCUUGUCCACAAUGAGACCAUCGACAAGGAUGUUAGAAAGUACUUCUACGUGUUGCGCGCCUGCCCUGGCCAUGCUGAAAAACUGGCGAGCAAGAUGUACAGUGCUUUGGUAGAUGAUGGAAAUGUAGAUGAGGCCACAGAGUUCUUUAACGAAGUUGAGGAGACGGGUAUAGAGCCCAUGGUCCUAAUCCACACCGCUGUUAUUGAAGCCUAUCUCUCGUUUGGCAAGACCAAGGGUGCUCUGGAGGCAUACCUGGCCAUGUUAGCUGCUGGGGUUGCCCCCAACUCCUACACUUACACCGUUUUAAUCAAUGGACUCAGUGCUGACCCCAACUUCUUAGGAGAUGCCAAGAAGUAUUUGCUUGAGAUGAUGGACAAGGGGAAGCGGCCCAAUGCUGCUACAUUCACUGCGGUGAUAGAGGGCUUUGCAAAGCUGGAGGACAAGGCAGCUGAGGAGGAGGGAAAAGAGUUUGUGCAGGUAAUGAUGGAUAAGGGGUUUGUUCCUAAUGCGAAGGCUAUGAUGGGCGUUUUAAAGGGUAGACCAACACCUGUAAUUAGAAGUGCCAUGAGUAUUGUUCUUUCCACCUUGAAGCAGUGAUGCUCUGGUUCAUGGAUGUUAUACCAAUAAGCUUUAGGAUUAGGAGGCUUCAGAUAUGUAGGAGCUAGUGAGAGUAGAAAACUGGAUUUCAGUAUAAAUUUUGUGCUGCUCUGUUGUUGUGAUUGUUGAUAUUCAAGUAUCCUGGUGCUCAUAUGAGUUUAAUGCUACAUUUUUAACUAUGCGGUAGGCGUCGUUGAUUCACAGCACACUUGCUAUUAAUUUUAAUGUUUCUUAUACACUGAUUUUUAGUCUUUUGCAGCAGUUGUUUUUCAUUCCUUUAAUUUUUCAUGCAUGUAGAUAGUGUAUUGAGAAAUCAUAACAAAUGAGAAAUCAGUAUAAAUUUUGUGGGAAUGGGUUUCAAUAUGUUAUUUUUGCUGUUUUCUAUGAUAUCGAAAUAUUUGUAGUUUCUGUUUCUUUUAUUCUGGUUGUCUGCAUGUCUUUUUAUUAUCUUCUUGCUCAGAUGUUAUUAUAUUCUUUUGAUAGGUUGGCAUGAAAAAAAUGCUUCUUCUUUGUUAUAUCCAAAAGCAGGAACAGUUUGAUAUGUUAGUUAUGCUAGACUCAGAGUUUUGAGAUUAAAAAAUAAUAGUAAUAAAUAAAAAAUAAAAAAGAUAACUAUGUGUACCAAAAUAACUUGAGACUUCAAGUUCACAAUAGGACCUCCUGUGAUUAUGAAUUCCCUGCAGUUUAUGUAAUUCUCAGUGUGCUGUUGUGUUCGCUUGAACCUUAACGAUCUCAUAUCCCACUUGUGCAGUUAUUAAGGUUUAAAUGACCUCAUUUAAUCACUGCCAUUUCCUUUUGAGUAGAAAGGAGUAGCAAUCCGAAGUAAAGAUGUUUAUUUAAGUUUGAUAGGGUUGUUGUCAUCUCCAUUAGAUACUGGUCAUAGUUUUGCUUCCUUCCAAAUCAGAAAGAAAGGUGCACUGCUUUUGCUUAUGAGGUAACAUUCAUUCAUUAUCUUUUGAUCUUAUUUGACCGUUAGGAAUUUAGGAAAGUUUUGCACAAUUCAGUUUCAUGAUAUAGUAGUCCCUCAUUAUUUGGUUAUCAAGUCAAUAAUAAAUGCUGCUUUUCUUAAUAGUUUCAAGUUACUUGCAUCAAAUUAGACUUCAGGCACAUAAAAGUUUCUUCAUCCAUUAUGGUUUUGAAUUUAACAUAAGUUUGCCUGGAAUUUAUCUCUGCUUGAGCCCUCAAACGCUCACUUGAAGCACUAGUUAGUUUCUAGAAUUUUGAUGCCUAACAAAGUCGUAAUAGCCCUAAUAAAGAGAAGUUUAUCAACACUUUUGAGUUGAAUUCCAAGUAUGAAUAUUCUGUUUGUCAAAUGUGCUAGGGUUCAAUAUCUUGCAAGAAGAUUUGUCUUUGAUGUAAUUCAGUUUGAUCCUAGUUUUUUUGACUGUAUGGUAGCUUCACAGAACACUUGUAAUUAGUUUUAAUAUUGCUUACAGAGUUAGAGUCGACUGAUUUUGACAAGUAUUUUUUUAUUCCUUGAAUUUGUCAUGCAUGUAUAUUAGGCAAGGUACAUACAGCAGUGUAUUGAGAAAUCCAAACUCAUGAAGUUGAAACUGGGAAUGUUCUUGCACUCGAGAGAUUUUGAGAAACAAAAGUAUUGUAUUUGAUAGUUAGGUGUGUGAGAGAUGUCAUUCCCACACUAAAUGCACAGAAUUAUGAUAAGUGGACUGAAGCAUUGGCACAAAUUAUACAGCUGUUGUAGUACAAGGCUUUCUGUAGAAAUCUGAAAUUUUACCAGUCUCGUUUUGUUUGAGUAAACCUGAGCUGCUAACGAUCUUUGAACUUCUAAAAGAUGUUUUGACAUGAAUACUAGUCUAAUCCAGAAGCUGAGAAGCAGCGGCUAAAUGAAUGAUAUCUCUACAUUUCAAGUUUUUCUCUCCCUCAUAUACUCUCAAGGAUGACUGCGUAAAUAGAUAAUGAUGCAGCAUCUUGUUGUGCAGAACAUUAAAAUUUUCUCCAUUGCUUGUGCUCAAAUUCUUUGUACAUCAAAAACUUUAUUUUGACAAGUUUAGUUGAGAUUUCUCCAACAUCAUUAGAUAUCUGGUGGCAGACUGGCAAGUAAACAUGGAUUCAUUUGCCCUUCAUAGAAAGUUGCAGUUUUACAUGCUACGGAGAUGUAAAUGACCAUUUAAUUUCCAGCUAGAUUUUUCAUGUCUAUCUCACCUCGAUAAUAAUAUUACUUUAUA